AUGAAAUACUCAAUUCGUCUUUUUAAUAGUUGCUUAUAUUUGAUAACUUUAAAUUUAUUUCAUCAUCUCUCUGAUACCCACAAAAUGGAUAAAAAUAAUAACGUGUUUAUGCUAUCAUUGGAUGCUGUUGACUUGAACUAUUUGCCGAUUACCCACAAGUUGGAUGGAAAAAUGAUGCCAUUGUGGGCUAAACAAAAUUUAGAUAUGAGAAAUAAUGAUUAUUAUGAGUUUAAAAUCAAUUCUGUGAAUACAGAAGAAGAAGAAGAUGAUGAAUCAGAUGAAGAAAUGGAUUAUACAACUUGCUAUAUCUGUGAUAUAGAUGUGCCAUCACCAUUUUUAAAUCAACAUUAUGAUAGUGUGAAACACAAAAUCAAUUUGAAAAUUACAAACACUGCUAUGGAAAGAGUGAAAAAAUCUAUUAAUACAAUAAAUAACAGGGAAGUCAGUAAAAACAGUUCACUCUAUUUUUGCCCAGUUUGUGUUAUCGUUGUGGAUAUGAAAGAAAAAAAGUUACACAAUCGAUCGGUUGCACACAAAAACGCGGUGUCCGUAGAAAAUUUUUUACAGGAUUUUUCUAGUUUAUACACAAAAGAAGAUGAAAACGCAGAAUUUAGUGAUUCUGACAAUUCAGAGGUAAAAACUGAAAUUGAUAGUGCUAUCAACAGAAUACUUAAUAAAGUAAGUAAAUCUGUUUUUCCAAAAACAAAGAUAAAUGGUGUUAAAAAACAAGUAGACUCAGAAAGCUAUAGAAAAGAAUAUCAAGAAAUAUCAAUUCAAAAACAAAAUGGUAAAGCUUUAAGUGAAACUAGUGAUUUAGAAGAACUUCAAAUCGAAAAAGUUGAUGCAUUAGAAAGAGACGCAGCAAAAAAUUAUAAAGAAUUGAUAGCAAGUUUUGAUGUUGAAUCUAUUGUUAAUACUAAACCAAAUAAAUCACAAUUCACUGAAGAAAUAAAUCACAAAAUUAUAAAAGAUGAUGAUGAUGAAACAAAUUCAAAAGAUGACAAUUUAGAAAACAAUGGUGAUGAAAUAAAAAUUGCUACUCAAUUAAAACCAAUUAAACGAACACAUCAUCAUUUAGAAACUUCACUCUGUUCUAUAUAUUGCAGAAUAUGCAAAAAAAAUAUAAAUCAUUUAGAUGAGAAUCAUAUAUCGGAUUUAAAUCAUGAAAUCAAUUAUGAAAAGUUCUUAGAUGAAAAUGCUAUAUAUAAAAAAGAUAGUAGGCUAAUGGAAUGCAAAAUUUGUAAUGAAUCUUUUAUAUGUGAAAAGGAAAUCGAACACAGUGACCAAAUACGGCACAUAUCAAACUUUGAGAGGUAUAAAAAAAGAAAUAGCCAU